GAACUUGAUUGCUUCAAACGUGUCAAGCUAAACGUAACACGUGCGAGUCGGGCUUGUGCAAGCUAGCUAGCAAUGGAUGGUUGCUUGAGAUGUUAGCUAGCAAGAGGCCGUUAAAGAGAUAGACAUAGAUAAUGUGUAGAAAUGGAUAGGUAAGAAUGAACCAUCUUUUCGACUUGGACUCGCCAUGCAUGCAGAAACACCUUCUUCGUAUUCUUUCCAGAAUGGUCGGUUUGGGAUUCCUUCCAUGUCCCACACCCUUUUAAAUAUUCCCAGCUCUCUUCUCUUUUUAUUUCGCACUCUCAAUUCCGAUUCUUCGUUUAUAAUCAAUCUCUCUGUCUCGCCUGCUUCUUUUCCCUUCACACGCCCACUAAUGGUUCCAGAGCUCGAGCAACCGAAGGUUACCGAGAUAAAGAUCCGCAUCGACUGUAAUGGGUGUGUUCAGAAGAUCAAGAAAGCAUUGUACGGAAUCAAUGGUAUUUACGAUAUCAACAUAGACAUUUCCGAGCAAAAGCUGACGAUCAUUGGAUGGGCUGAUCCCGAGAUAAUCAUGAAGGCCAUUAAGAAAACCAGGAAGACCGCCACCAUUUGUUCCGAUGCUGAAGCGGAUGCUGGUGGGCAACCACCGGAUUAUAUGCUGGCCGGGGGCGGCGAACAACCCAAUUAUUCACCAAAUCAAGGCCUUCCCCAGACGUAUGACAUGGCCAUGGUCGGUGAGGCACAACAAUAUGAUCAAACCAACGCCCAACAAGAGCCACAGCAGCCUUAUGGGUCAUAUGAACCCGGAGGACAGGUUCAAGACAACACCCACCAGCAGCCACCGGAGUAUGGCUAUGUCCAGCAAUAUACAACAGAACCCGGCCAUGACAUCUCCCACCAGCAGCCACCGGUAUACGACCAACCGUCCGACCACAACCACAUGGCUAACCAGCCACCUGAUUACAGCCAAGGAGGUCACCACCAGCAACCACCAGAGCAAAGCUACGGCCAAGUAGUCCACCAUCACCAACCACACAACUCUAGCCACAACUACCAUCACAACAUCCCACAAGGGGCAAUGUCGCAGCCAGCGACCGUGAUACACUGCUACAACACAUACAAACCAUCAUCAUACGUUACACAGUAUGUCCGGCCACCGACAUGCCACAGACCCUCGUCACGUACCUCUGAAUACAUACCUCAACGGCCAACCACCCAUUACAGCCAAAGAACAGAACAUUACAAUGAAGACUAUUACAACACAGGAACAAGCAGUUACAACGGAAAUAUCACGUCGAUUUUCAGCGACGAGAAUCCAAACGCCUGCAAUCUAAUGUAAAGAUAGAUGAACAAGCAAGGGAAAACGAAUGAGAUUCCCAACGUCGAAGUGCUGGAAGAAUCAGGUCCCAAAAUUCUCACCUUUUUGGUGAUAGGUAGAUCGAAAACCGGGUGAAGAACAUUCUCGUAAAGGCGACAUGGGGAAUAAUCAUGUAAAGUUUAAACAAAUUUUUAAGGCUAGAACAGCUGACAGAAGUUUACAGAACCAAAUUCAGCAGCCAUUUUGAUAAA